AUGACCGAACUGCUACUGGAGUCUUCGAUAUUGAAAAAGAAAGCCGGAGUCAAUGGAGUAGAUAGCGAAUGCUCGGAUGCUAGAGACACCUCAAAAUGUACGAAUCAGCUCUGCACAGAUGUUGUUGAUACUUCACACAUCUUUCCCGACCUAUGUGACGAAUGCAAGAAAUCUGGAGUGGUGGGAGAUUGGAUGGAGAAGGAACCUGGACUGAAGCUUCAAGUAUUUCGUUCCUGGAGGUCGAAGCAUCGAGAAACGACUCAAACCAAACCGGAAGAGGCUCAACAAGGGGAUGGGAGUAUUUCGGACAAUGCGAUUGAGGACGACUGUGAAAAUCUUGAGACGCUCGAGUGCGUAGCCACUUCAAGCAUACCUUCCAACGGAACGGCAACCACAUCAACGGCACAAUCACCAUAUUCAAACGCGCGAAGCGUUGCAUCGAGUGACACGUCGACCAGUACAGCGCCGUCAUUACAUGAUCUCAAAGCACGUGUACAACGAUUGCGAGCUCGAACGGACCAACUCAUUGCCAAGAUUCGUGUUCAAAGAGCUGCCAGAACAAUGCAGGAUAAGGGCGACCGGAAUUGA